AAAAAGAAAAAAAAAAAAAAUACUCCUCUGUUUCGCAGAGUCGCACUAAGAAGAUGAUUGUCCUCAGAAUUUCCUUAAUCAGAUUUCAAUCCAACGGCAUCGGAGUGGUUUAGGAUGUGAAUCAAUUUAGGAAAAUUUGAGUCAGCGCCGUUAACAAAUACCCUUCACCUCUCGGCUCUCACUGCCGCUCCACUUACUCAUCUCUGUUUGCUUGCAGCUCAAGGUUUACGUGCUCUGUUUUCUGCGAUCCAGCUAUGGGUUUGAGAAGACUUAAAAACGAGAUUUCUUUUCUUGGUUUGGACCUAGGAGUUCACAUUCCUCGAAGAAAGAGGGGUUCUUCCGGCUCUGCUAUUACCAAACAUUCAAUCUCUAUGAUGGAGUGCGCUACCAUUCUGAUUGCAUUCUCCAACUCUGUCACUCAUGUCCUUCCCUCUGCCUAUCUUCCACUUCGAACCACUAACACAAAACCCAUCACUGAAAGAAAACCCAGGAAGAAGAGGUGUAAGCAAACCCCCUUUCCGACCACUCCGGACAUGCCGGCGGCGAUGAGAGAUCGAAUUGGGGAGAUGGGGGCGUACCAAAUCCAACUGGCAAUUCAAAAACAACUGCAAGAUACUGAUAUGAACAAGAAUCACGGGCGACUAUCUUUCCCUGCAAAGAAACUCAAAGUGGAUUUUGCAACGGAAGAGGAGAGGAGGGUACUAAAGCAACAGGAAAACGGGGGGAAAAAAGGGAUGAAUGUAAUGAUAGUGGAUCCUCUUCUCCGAGAGAGCAGCAUUUGCUUGAAGUUGUGGAAGAUCGGGAGCGGGGAUUCCUACUGUUUAAUGACACAAUGGAAUUCAUUGGUGGAACAGAAUGGGUUCAAAAGCGGAGAUCACGUCCAGCUUUGGAGCUUCAGAAAGGAUGAAUUUGAGGCUGAAACUCAAACCAUGGUUUCUCGUCUCUGCUUCGCCAUGGUUAAGCUUGAUGCCACCACUGCUUCUGCUUGA